CGGAGGCGGCGUGGGCGGUGGCUGAGGGGCGUCAGAGGGACCGAGGGGCUGGCUGAGCAGUCUGGUAGUUGGGCCAGCAAAGCUGCAACCAUGGGGGGCCUGAAAGACGAGCUGCUCAAGGCCAUCUGGCACGCUUUCACGGCGCUGGAUGUGGACCGCAGCGGCAAAGUCUCCAAGUCCCAGCUCAAGGUCCUUUCCCAUAACCUGUGCACGGUGCUAAAGGUUCCACAUGACCCUGUCGCCCUUGAAGAACAUUUCAGGGAUGAUGAUGAAGGGCCUGUCUCCAAUCAGGGCUACAUGCCAUAUUUAAACAAGUUCAUCUUGGAAAAGGUCCAAGACAACUUUGACAAAAUUGAAUUCAACAGAAUGUGUUGGACCCUCUGUGUAAAAAAAAAUCUCACAAAGAAUCCUCUGCUUAUUACUGAAGAAGAUACAUUUAAAAUAUGGGUUAUAUUCAACUUCUUAUCUGAAGACAAGUAUCCGUUAAUUAUUGUGCCAGAAGAGAUUGAAUACCUGCUUAAAAAACUUACAGAAGCUAUGGGAGGAGGUUGGCAGCAAGAACAAUUUGAAGAUUAUAAAAUCAACUUUGAUGAAAGUAAAAGUGGACUUUCAGUGUGGGAACUUAUUGAACUUAUUGGAAAUGGACGCUUUAGCAAAGGCAUGGAUCGGCAGACAGUGUCUAUGGCAAUUAAUGAAGUCUUUAGUGAACUUAUAUUGGAUGUGUUAAAACAGGGUUAUAUGAUGAAAAAAGGCCAUAAACGGAAAAACUGGACCGAACGCUGGUUUGUGCUAAAACCCAACAUAAUAUCUUAUUAUGUGGGUGAGGAUCUGAAAGAUAAGAAAGGAGAUAUUCUUCUGGAUGAAAAUUGCUGUGUGGAGUCCUUGCCUGACAAAGAUGGAAAGAAAUGUCUUUUUCUCAUAAAAUGUUUUGAUAAGACUUUUGAAAUUAGUGCCUCAGAUAAGAAGAAGAAACAGGAGUGGAUUCAAGCUAUUCAUUCUACUAUUCAUCUGUUGAAACUUGGCAGUCCCCCACCACACAAAGAAGCCCGCCAGCGUCGGAAAGAACUCAGGAAGAAGCUACUGGCUGAGCAGGAGGAGCUGGAACGACAGAUGAAGGAGCUUCAGACUGCCAAUGAGAACAAGCAGCAGGAACUGGAGACUGUGAGGAAGAAACUGGAAGAAGCAGCAUCUCGUGCAGCAGAGGAAGAAAAGAAACGCCUUCAGACUCAAAUGGAACUGCAGGCCAGGUUCAACACAGAACUGGAGCGGGAGAAGCACAUUCGACAGCAGAUGGAAGAACAGGUUGCCCAAAAGUCAUCGGAACUGGAGCAAUAUUUGCAGCGAGUACAGGAGCUGGAAGACAUGUACGUGCAGCUGCAGGAGGCUCUCGAGGAUGAGAGACAGGCUCGACAAGAUGAAGAGACUGUGCGGAAGCUCCAGGCCAGGUUGCUGGAAGAAGAGUCCACCAAGAGGGCUGAGCUGGAGAAGUGGCACUUGGAGCAGCAGCAGGCCAUCCAGACUACAGAGGCAGAGAAGCAGGAGCUGGAGAACCAGCGAGUAAUGAAAGAGCAGGCCCUGCAGGAAGCCAUGAAGCAGCUAGAACAGCUGGAGUUAGAGCGGAAACAAGCGCUCGAGCAGUAUGAGGAAGUUAAAAAGAAGCUGGAGAUGGCAACUAGUAAAACCAAGAGCUGGAAGGACAAGGUGGCCCAACAUGAAGGCCUAAUCCGAUUGAUAGAACCAGGUGCAAAAAAUCCUCACCUGAUCACUAACUGGGGCCCUGCAGCAUUCACCCAGGCAGAACUUGAGGAGAGAGAGAAGAACUGGAAAGAAAAAAAGACCACUGAAUAACUGAGCCUGGCAGAAGUGGUGGCGUCAGUUA